GGGAAAUUCCUACAACUCACAUGUCCUAACUGAAAACUGAAAGCAUGUUUAUAUAAAAAAAGAGUCAUACUCAGUCUACAUCAGUGGAGGUAAAAUCAGAGAACCACUACCUUUACGGCACAAUUGGAUAUUCAGGUGCAAAAAACAUGAGCUUCUUUAGGAAACUUAUAAAAUCUAUUUGGGGUACUCCCCCUUCACCUCCUCUUUUACGGAAAGAAGAAAGGAACAUACCAUGGACUGAAAGAGAGCGAGAACUGCAGCUUGUCAGAGAUUACAAGCCUCACAAAGAUGUUGAGCAUCUCAGAAUUCUGCUUUAUGGACCACCAGGUGCUGGAAAGUCCAGCUUCAUCAACUCUGUCGACAGUGUUUUAAGAGGCAAAAUCGCAACUCGAGCUUUGGCAGCAGCAGCCUUUGGUGACAGUUUCACCAUUGCAUACGGGACAUAUAAAAUUCAGAAAGGAAAUCCAGACACGUUUUACCCUUUUGUCUUCACUGACACCAUGGGGCUUGAGGAAGGCACCGAGGGAGGAAUUCAUGUGGAAGACAUCAAACUUGCUAUUAGUGGACAUGUAAAAGAAGAUUACAGGUUCAAUCCCAAAUGUCCCUUGCCUGAAACGGAUCCUAACUACAGAAGCUCCUCCACUUUAGAUGACAAAGCCCACAUUCUGGUUUUUGUCAUUCGUGCUGACUCAGUGAGCAUAAUUGAUGGUGAAACUUGGAGAAAGAUGAAAGCUGUCAGAGCAGCAGCUCGUGACAAAGGGAUCCCACAAAUAGCUGUCAUCACUAAAAUUGAUGAAGCCUGUCCUGAAGUCAAAAAAGACAUAAAGAACGCCUACAGGAGCAAGCACUUGAAUCAGCUGAUGCAAAAAGUGAACGUGAACCUGGGUUUUCCACUGAACUGCAUCUUCCUUGUGAAGAACUACCACAAAGAAAUCGAGACGGAUAACGAUGUGGAUUCACUGAUACUGAGUGUACUGAAAAAGAUCAUUGACUAUGGAGAGGACUACCUGAAUGACCAGGAUGAUCAUGACCGGUCACCAAUGUGUGAGGGGGAAAGAAAAUGAAAAUUUUCAGUUAGUUUUCAGGUGAUUUGCUUUGCUAUCGUUGCAAUCACAGUCACACAAAAAGUUAAUUUCAUCAGAAACUUUAACCUACUGAAUUUUAUCUUGUUCGUAUUUUCUGUAACUUUUUUCUUUCUCAAAUUAAAUCCAAACAAACUUCAAGUUGAUUAUUUUAUAAAAAUCAAUACAUGUACUUUUUGUUAUUUAUUGUACAUUCAAAAUGGUAACUGCAGCAAUGAUGACAGAUAUAUGCCUGUAACCUGUUGAUCAAAAGCUAAAAAGACAUACAUAACAACAUGGAUUCACUGAUACUGAGUGUACUGAAAAAGAUCAUUGACUAUGGAGAGGACUACCUGAAUGACCAGAAUGAUCCUGACCUGUAAUCAGUAUGUGAGGGGGAUAGAAAAUGAAAAUGUUCAGUUACUCUUUGGGUGAUUUUGCUUUGCCAUUUUUACAAUUACUGUCACACAAAAAGUUAAUUUCAUCAGAAAAUUUAUCGUACUGAUUUUUGUCUUGUCUUGAAAAUCAAUACAUAACAAAUAAAUCAUUGUAAGACUGUCAUCUGUGAAUCAGUGCAUUAACACAGUGAAUUCUAAUUUUGCAAAGGAGAAAAGAUCAAAAGCUAAAAAGACACACAUGCACAGAUGGAGGGUGAAUGGAGGUGUGAUGAUUUUGGUGGUGGUGACUGUGAUCUGUUGAGUUGAUUUCUUGUUUCCAGAACUGUGAUUAAAUCUGUUU